GGCUUCAGCUGCAGCCUUUUAUUGCUCUGUUUCAAUCAAUCAUUUACAUUUAAACACCACCUUGCCACACACCAGGGGAAUGUGGAGUUUGAUCUUUUGCCGAGUAAAGGAUUCUUUCGGAACAGACACAAGAUUCCCAGGAUCACCGUCACGUAGUUUGUGACAACUCCACUUAGAGGAAAACUGCGUGAAAACCUGCUGAAAAAGGCCAAAAAAGAAUCAACAUGGACCCGUCUCCUUCACCUCCUCCGAGCAGCAGGAGUCCCCUGAGCACCGUGGAUGUGGUUGUGCUGGUCGUCUACUUCCUGCUCAUUCUGGCUGUUGGCUUGUGGUCAAUGUGGAAGACAAAGCGCAGCACGGUGGAUGGAUACUUCCUGGCUGGGAAGGACAUGACCUGGUGGCCAGUCGGCGCCUCGCUGUUUGCCAGUAACAUCGGCAGUGGUCAUUUCAUCGGCCUGGCGGGCUCCGGAGCUGCUGCAGGAAUUGGGGCUAUUGCAUACGAGUGGAAUGGGAUACUGAUGGUGCUGCUGCUGGGAUGGCUCUUCCUGCCCAUUUACAUCGCCUCUGGGGUGAUGACGAUGCCAGAAUACCUGCAGAGGCGAUUUGGUGGAAGAAGAACACAGAUAUUUAUAGCUGUCCUGUCCUUAUUCAUUUACGUCUUCACAAAAAUAUCGGUGGACAUGUACGCUGGUGCAUUGUUCAUUCAGCUCGCGUUACAAUGGAACAUCUACUUGGCUGUGUUGAUGCUGCUGUCAAUCACCGCUUUCUACACUGUAGCAGGCGGUCUGGCUGCAGUUAUCUACACGGAUGCUGUUCAAACUGCCAUCAUGCUGGCCGGAGCUCUCACCCUCAUGGGUUUCAGCUUCGCGGAGGUCGGAGGCUGGGAUGCUCUGAUGGACAGGUACCCAAGAGCCAUCCCUUCGAUUCGUGUGCCAAACUCUACCUGUGGCAUUCCUCGAGAUGACUCCUUCCACAUAUUCAGAGACCCGGUGACCUCUGACCUGCCUUGGCCCGGAGUGAUCAUCGGCAUGUCCGUCCCUUCCAUGUGGUACUGGUGUUCUGACCAGGUCAUUGUGCAGCGCUCCUUGUCUGCUAAAACCCUGACCCACGCCAAAGGGGGCUCCCUCCUGGCUGCUUAUCUAAAGAUAUUGCCUUUCUUUAUUAUCAUGCUGCCUGGCAUGAUCAGCAGGAUACUUUACACGGAGGAUGUGGCGUGUGCAGACCCUGACCAGUGCAAUGAGAUAUGUGGCAACCCAGUGGGAUGUUCGGACACCGCUUACGCCAGACUGGUCAUGGAGCUGCUGCCUGCAGGGCUUCGAGGUUUGAUGAUGGCAGUGAUGAUUGCUGCCCUAAUGUCCUCUCUGACCUCCAUCUUCAACAGCGCCAGCACCAUUUUCACCAUGGAUCUAUGGAAGACUUUCCGAUCACGGGCAUCCGAGUGGGAACUUAUGAUUGUGGGCAGGCUGUUUGUGCUCGUGCUUGUGGUCGUGUCUGUGCUGUGGAUUCCUAUCGUGCAGGCCAGUCAGGGGGGGCAGCUGUUCAUCUACAUCCAGUCCAUCAGCACUUACCUGCAGCCCCCGGUCUCCAUCAUCUUCCUCGCGGGCUGUUUCUGGAGGAGGGCUAAUGAGAAGGGUGCAUUCUGGGGCCUGGUUGUCGGCCUGGUGGUGGGAUGCAUUCGCAUGUUGUUGGACUUCAUUUAUCCUGCGCCGCUGUGCUACGAGGAGGACGACAGGCCGGCGGUGCUGAAGUACGUCCAUUACCUGUACUUCUCCACGUUGCUGUCCUUCAUCACACUGGCUGUGGUGGUUGUAGUCAGCCUGGCUACAGAGGAGCCCAAACCAGAGCAGAUUAGCCGCCUCACGUGGUUCACUAGGUUUGACCCAGUGGAGCCCAAAGAGCAGGGGGAGCAGAGCAGUAACGGCUCAGAGGUGACCCCUGGUCAGAUGCACGAGAUGGAAGUCACAGGAGGAGAGCAGGAGAGCAGCAACGGAACCGCGUGUCAGCAAAGGAAAGACUCGGCUGUGUCCGCCGUCCAGAGCCAAUCCAGGCUGACAGCCGCCGUCUACUGGGUGUGUGGGAUGGAGAGGAGGAAGAAGGGAGAUGAUGAUCCUGUGGCGCGGCCUGCACCUGUAGAGAUUAUCUCUUCUCUGGAAGAAAAGCCACGACUAAGGCUCGUUGUUAACGUCAACCUCCUCAUUUGCCUCUCUGUAACUGCCUUCAUCAUCGGCUACUGGGUUUGACAAGCUGGCCGUGAACCAAUUCAAUGGACACAACGGUGUGUGUGUGAACUGUGAAAAGCCAUGUAAAUAUAUUUUACCGAGACGGACAUUAAAAUUAGACGGGUUCAUUAAA